UCCGCAAUAUGGAGAAGUCGACCACCAACACGACAAUCAUACCAGGCUUGUCAAACUGGAUACAGGUCCACGAUAUCGGUGCCAUUACCAAUUCAUCAGCAAACACCCCACUACUCAAGCAAAAUCUACUCUUCAUUAGCACACCCAUCGAAUUUGCCACUACCCCUGACAAACAACAUCUUCGACAAGCCCUCAAGAUCAACACAAUCGUCAACACACUCCCAAGACCAGACGGCCCACACUACAUCCACGACGGUCCAUCUCUAGCAAAGAAAACCGAAGACUUUGCCCUCGAAGAUGUGUUAGGCUUGGUUUCAUGCCGUGUAGUAUUUCGCUACGAUGAGUUUAUCAAGAAUGCUAUGAGAGAAAUGACGGNNUCCAAUGUCAAGUUUCACUGGGAAGCAAAUGCAACAACUAAUCGCGAAGAUCCGGCUCUACUAGAGAAAAGCAAAGAUUCACUCUGGAAACGGAGCAAUAUUGACGACAAUACUCUGGUUCUGAUCUUAUCUGCACCAUUGAUAGCGAGACUGUUCAACGAAGUUCUUUGUAACCCCCAUUUCUACCCUCUACUCAUCAGCGGGGACCGCAUCAUGCGAGACCCCUGCUUGGUCAUCUUUCUCUUGCUCUUGCUCCUAGAAACUCCGUUUUCGGCAAUCGAAGCCACGUAUCUGAGAAUCAGUGAAGGGUUGCCGUUCAAGGUUGAUGAGGAGAGUGAUAAACAGUGGGAAAAGGAUGUUCGGUUCGAGGUCAGUGCUUGGGCGCAAGCAAGACCGCAGUGGGCAAGUGUGUUGAGGCAGCGGUUGGAAGGCAGGUAUGGUUCUGUGGAAGCAUAUUUUACUGCCAUUGGCGUGACGGAGGCGACGAGGAAUGACAUCAAGGAUAUCUUGUUGGCUGGGGAAAGUAAGGAUCUCAUUGAUUUCUCG